AUGCCGGAAACUGAAAUGAGUGGUUUGAAAGAAUUUUUAAAGAAACGCAGUACGAUUAAAGGUCGUUUAACUAAAUUUAGAGAAUAUAUAACGGUUUUAAAUCAAAUUAAACCUGCAGAUUUAACUGGUGCUCAAGUAAAAGAAAUUUCAUUGAGAUUAACUAAAUUCCAAGAGUUGUUUACUAGUUUUGAUGAAUUGCAAGAUCAAAUUGAACUUUUAAGUACCGACCAGGAUGAACAAAUUAGAGAAAGAGACUUCAUAGAAUCUCAAUUUUAUUCUUUGAUAUCGACUGCGCAGGAAAUAAUCGAUUCGAUUUCUCAAAGCAGAGAUCGAGCCGAGGGUUCUGUAAAUUCCAAGCCAUCAGGCACUUGUUCUCAUGCUCUUAAUACAAUCAAAUUGCCCACGAUUAAACUCCCGAAUUUUGACGGGAACUACUUAAAAUGGCUGGAAUUUAGAGAUACGUUCGACUCGUUAAUUAAUUCUAAUGAUACUAUACCUACGAUAAACAAAUUCCAUUACUUGAGGUCUGCUUUAGAAGGCAGUGCUACUGUUGUUAUAAAAUCCAUAGAAUUUACCUCUGCGAAUUACAGGGUUGCGUGGGAUUUAUUAUGUGAAAGGUAUAAUAAUAAAAAUAUUUUAAUAAACAAUCAUCUAAAGGCAUUGUUCAACAUCGAACCUAUAACGCGAGAGUCUUACAAAGCUUUGCGUUAUCUUAUUGAUCAAGUAUCUAAAAAUUUAAGAGCACUCGGAACGUUAGGCUUACCUACUGAGCAAUGGGACGUUUUGGUUAUAUUUAUGAUGUCAUCUAAAUUAGAUAUUAAUACAAAUAGAAAAUGGGAGGAAUACAAGGGUAACCUCUCCGAUUUACCUACGUUACUUGAAUUUAAGACUUUUCUUCGUAAUCGCGCGGAUGUGUUAGAAACCACUCAAGGUACCCGCUCGGAUAAACACACCCAUGACUAUAAGUCUAAUUAUAAGUCACAACAAUUUUCUAAAUCAUUAGUCGCUGCUAAUACGGAAGUGUCAAAACGGAUUGUAUGUAGUAUAUGUAAGAAGGACCACCGUGUGUAUUUGUGUCCCGUCUUUUUAGAAAUGAGUUUGGAGGACAGACAGAGUGAGGUAAAUAAAUUAAAAUUAUGUUCAAACUGUCUCCGCGAAGGGCACAAUGCGCACAGGUGCCGUUUAAAGGGUUGUUGUAGGUCAUGCAAGGGAAAACAUAACAGUUUACUACAUAAAGAAAUUGCAGAGGUUUUGAAGGCUGCACCCGUCUCUUUGGCAAUAGCUAGCGCAAAAGAAGUACUACUGUGUACCGCUCUUGUAGAUAUAGUUAAUCCACAGAACAAUAGCUGUCAAAGGGCUCGAAUAUUAUUAGAUACUGGGAGUCAAUCCUGCUUCAUAACUACUAAUUUCAAAAAUAAAAUGGGUUUAUCUGUAAAUCGAGUGAAACCUGUAAACGUAUCGGGUAUAAAUAAUAUCGGUUUUGAUAUAUCUGAGCGCUGCUGUGUACAGUUAAAUUCUAGAGUAUCUUCUUUUACGGCUAAGUUAACAUGCCUCAUUGUACCUAGGAUUACCGGUAACGUGCCUAAUAACAAAAUUGAAUUGCAGAACUUGAAGUUACCAUUAAACAUCGAGCUGGCCGACCCUGCAUUUUAUCAACCAGCUGAUAUUGACAUACUUAUAGGCGCAGAUGUUUUUUGGGAUAUUAUAGGUACACAACAGAUCAAGUUAGGUCAAGACAAGCCUACGUUGCUAGAUUCGAAAUUGGGAUGGCUUGUGUCUGGCCCAGUAGGUAAAAGUACUUGUAACGAUAAUUUUAUGUGUAAUUUUACUCAAUUAGAUAUUUAUGAAAGUAUGAAAAGAUUCUGGGAAGUAGAAGAGUUACCUACGACCAAAGAUAAUUUAUUCUCUGUAGAAGAGCAAUUAUGUGAAACUCAUUUUGUAAAUAACACUUCAAGGGUAAUCGAAAUAAACGAUCUUACUAAGGGAUUCGCAUGGAUGCACGUACCAACAGAUCAGAAUCCUGCUGAUUUAGUCUCCAGAGGGAUUGACCCGCAGCAGCUUCAGGAUUCUACUUUGUGGUGGCGAGGUCCUUCCUUCUUAGCGAAGGAAGAAUCUGAGUGGCCUAUUCAAGGGUCCUUUGCAACUAAUAAUUUACCAGAGUUAAAAGUAUUUACAUGUACGAAAGUGGACACUAAAAUUAAUAACUGUUCACUUGUAAAAUUUGAAAAAUAUUCUCGAUAUGAUAAAUUAAAGAGGAUCGUAGCUUAUGUCUUAAGAUUUAUAAAUAAAUGUCGUAAAAAUGCUGUAAGUAAUGAUGUAAUUGAACCUGAGGAACUGGAGAACUCGUUAAUGUUGUUAGUCAAGCAAGCUCAGUUAGAAUCAUUUGCUAAUGAACUUUAUACUAUUGCUAAAGAUAAAAGUUUGCCUCUUAAGUCUAAAUUACUGCCUUUAGAUCCAUUUAUAGAUACGUUAGGAAUUCUCCGAGUGGGUGGUAGGUUGCAAAAUUCAAAAUUUGAUUUUAAUAAAAAGCAUCCUAUUUUAUUAGACGGCAAACAUCAUUUUUCUAAAAUACUCAUGAGGCAUGAACACUUUCGUUUACUUCAUGCUGGUCCACAGUUAUUACUAGCUGCGGUACGCGAAGAGUUUUGGCUUAUCGGGGGCAGAAACUUAGCUCGCAGCGUAACGAGAAAGUGCAUUGUUUGUGCGCGUAUGCGUGGUCAAGUGAUAAAACCUAUAAUGGGUACUUUACCGUCUGUAAGAGUAUCCUCAAGCUUCGCUUUUGAUACUUGCGGAAUUGAUUUCGCUGGGCCUUUUUUAAUUGCUAGCAAAAAGGGUCGUGGCAGUAAUAUAACCAAAUGUUUCCUUGCACUGUUUGUUUGUCUUCAAACAAAGGCUCUGCACUUAGAGACGGUGAGCUCAAUGUCUAGCGAUGCUUUUCUUCUUUGCCUACGCAGGUUUGUGUCUCGAGGGGGCAGACCUCAAGUAAUUUACUGCGAUAAUGUUACUAAUUUUGUGGGUGCAAAGAAUGAAUUAGGUAGGGUUAUUAAAGCCAGCCGUCAGUCCGUGUCCGAUUACGCAAGCGUUGAAAAGAUUAAGUUUGUAUUCAGUCCCGCAUACGCGCCUCAUUUCGGAGGAAUCUGGGAGGCUGGUAUUAAGUCAGCAAAGAGCCAUUUAAAACGUGUAGCAAGCAAUGCUUCUCUGACGUUUGAGGAACUAGCGACGCUUUUUACCCAAAUAGAAGCAAUCCUUAAUUCCCGCCCGCUAUCUCCUCUUUCGUCAGACCCCACUGAUCUAUAUCCAUUGACUCCAGGACACUUUUUGAUUGGGCGACCUCUGAUGUCGGUGCCGUCACUGCCUGUCACCACUAAAAGGCCUAACAGAUAUGAGUUUAUUGAGCAGCUGAGACAACACUUUUGGGAGCGUUGGCGCAGGGAGUUCAUCGCUGAGCUGCAGCAACGAACGAAAUGGCGAACUCGGCAGCGUGACCUUCAAAUCGGCGACAUGGUUGUCCUGAAAGAAGACCAAUUACCUCCACUACGAUGGCGCCUUGGGCGCAUUACUCGAUUGUACCCUGGUCCAGAUGGCAUAAACAGAGUAGCAGAUAUCUUCACAGCAAAAGGAACCAUGAGGAGAGCAUUCAAUAAAAUAUGCCUUCUUCCAACAUCUCCGGAUGCCUAA